ACGAUCAGUUCAGAACCGACCUUUCAGCCGUGAAAACGCGUUUUUCCGCGCGCGCUCGCCGCGGUUUUUCUCGAUCCGGAAAAGAUCUUUGAAAAAAAAAAUCUACUUUCGACGUAGCAACCCGUGUUCGCGCCUACCACGAUCGGCACCAAAUCAAUCUUUCGCCCAGCACUAAAUCAACCCUUAAGCAGCCCUUUAUCGGCCCUCGCAUGAUCGCAGUUUGGAAGAGCUUGCAAGAGGCCCAAAAAAGGAGGAAAUUGCGAGAAAACGAGGAGCAACAGCCGACGAGCGCGAUCCAAGGCGAUGGACAACGGCGAGUGACAUCUGCGACGACGACGACGACGACACCAACACAGCCAAAGCAACAACAAGCCCAUCGUCGCCGACUGCGGGCGGCCGUGCCGAGAGAGCGCAGCCGAGAGUGCCUGGUGCGAGAGAAUCGGUACGCGAUCGAGCGAGCCGAAGAGGAGCAGUGGGAGCGGGAGCACGAGCAGCGGCUCACCAAUACCGGCGCGGGUGCACGUGCUCGUCGUGACGGCCGCUUUGCCGGAAUUGAUUUGCAGCAGGAAGUGGGCGAAGUGGGUGGCGGCAGAGGAAGAGGGUGGCAAAAUCAGCACUUUUGUUUAGAACGCGGUGGACAGGCGGAAAAGCGAGAGGAAGAGGAAGAAGAAUGGAGUAGUUUGCGUGCGGCGGAGGAUCGAAGGAGGCGACGGGUCAAAGACGGCGAAGACAGCGACGACGACGACGACGCCAGAGCGAAUUAUGGAUCGGCGUUUAAAUUUAGUUCUUGUUGGUGUCUGUAGGGUGGAUUGACCGGUAGUGGAGUGCACUUUUAGGGAGAGAGAGAAAGCAAAAUAGCAUACAGCAAAGUGUAGUGACAAUUAGCAAAGCACCCUCGUAGACAAUCAUUAGACACUUAGUGCUUGAACAACAAAAAAACAUCUCUUCAAAAAUGAACCGCCAACGCUCGUCGGUCCGCAGCCGCGGCUCCUCCUCCACCACAACGAGCGACCCCCGCGAGAAGGUCAAGGACUGCUGCCGGAAGUUUAUCGCGUUUAUGUGCACCCAGGUCGGCGUUGGUGGCCUGAUCGUGGUGUACGCGCUGGUGGGCGCCGCCAGUUUCAUGUCGAUCGAGACACAGGAACCGAACCCGUUGAUCGAGUACGUGUCGGUGCUGCGGAGGAACUGCGCGGCCGAGCUGUGGGACGUAACGGAGCAGAACAACCUGUUCAACAGUUCGAUUUGGCACUACGAGGCGGAUGUGGUGUUGAAGCGGUACCAGGACGACCUGGCGGAUGCGAUUCGGCGGGGGUACGAUGGGCGGACGCCGGAGGAGACGUGGAUCUUCCCGGCGGCGUUGAUGUUCUGCCUGGCGGUGUUCACGAUGAUCGGGUACGGGAACAUGGUCCCGAGGACGGCCUGGGGCAAGGGCGCGACGGUGAUCUACGCCACGUUUGGGAUCCCGCUCUACAUCCUGUACUUUAUGAACAUGGGCAAGGUGUUGGCUUCCACCUUCAAGUGGCUCUACACGUGGCUUCACGAGUGCAGCCACGGCCACGACGACGAUCUGGCUCUGGAGGACGGCAACGGAGUCCCGCAGCGAAAGCGGAUCAUCGUCCCGACGACGGCCUGCCUCUGGGUCAUCACGAUCUACAUCGCAACGGGGACGAUCAUGUUCGCCGAGUGGGAAAAGUGGUCCUACCUCGACUCGGCGUACUUUUGCGUGACCAGUCUGUGCAAGAUCGGCAUCGGCGAUCUCGUCCCCGGAGCCAACAUCCUGGACUCGCAGUCCGGCAAGCCGACCAAGCUGGUCAUCAACUUUGUGUACAUGCUGCUGGGGAUGGGCCUGGUGGCGAUGUGUUACAUCCUGAUGCGGGAGGAGGUGCGCAUCAAGAUGCAGGAGAUCAAGGAGGACACCCGGCUGUGCCUCGAGGACAUGAGCUCCAAGUUUGCCAAGUGCUUCGGGACGGGCAAGGACGCGCAGUACUACGAUUGAUUGAAUUGGAUUCCAGUGAAGAGUGCGUGUGCGUGUGAGCAGUGUUUCUUAAAAGUUAAUUCCCUGUUCUAGGCACUAAGUUUCUCUGUAGCAAGUAGGAGGUGUGCCUAGGUUAUAUUUAUCGGAUAAUCUCUUAGGUUAGUUGGUGGCACGCGCAGCACGCUGAGCAAAACAGAGCAAAUUUGUUCGAUUUUUUUUUAUUAUUUUGAUUUUAAAAUAAAUCUACAACGGACUAAACACAGCCAAGAGGUGUGAGAUGAGUUA